CACGGCCAGACUUGUCCGGGCAUGUGAGCGCCGCGGCUUCCGGGAGAGACACGUGGGAGCGCGGCGGGUCCGGGCGGAAUGCCUCCUGGCAAGGGCCAGAUGACUCCUUUGCUGCCCACCCCAAAAGACGCCAUGCCCACCCCGCAGGGCAGCCAUGGCCCCGCGGGGGGCUGCGCUCGCCCUCCGGAGGGUCCCCGCAGCAAGAAGAAGAGCCGCAAGCACCAGCGGUUCCUGGAGCGCCGGGCGCUGCUGGAGCAGAGGGGGCUGCUGGGCAGGGGGGCCGCCCUCGUGGGGCCAGAGGCACCCAGCCUGCUGGCCAAGACGGAUGGCACAACAGCACCCCGCUGCGGGAAGGGUCCCAAAGCCAAGCAGGUUGUGUCCCCAUCCCUGUCCCCAUCUGCCUCUCCGGACAGCAUCGCCAGGCAUCACUCCGUGCUGCUGUCCCAGGGGAGCGGCGGCCCCAGGGGGGUGCGGAUGUCCUCCCCGCUCCUGCGCCCCGGCAAGUACGUGGCCAUCGACUGUGAGAUGGUGGGCACUGGUCCCCAGGGCAGGCUGAGCGAGCUGGCACGGUGCUCUGUGGUGAACUACGAGGGGGAUGUCAUCUAUGACAAGUACGUUCAGCCUGAGCUGCCCAUCGUGGACUACCGGACGCGCUGGAGUGGCGUCACCAAGCAGCACAUGAAGAACGCGAUUCCCUUCAAGGCUGCCCAGGCAGAGAUCCUGAAGAUCUUGAAAGACAAGAUUGUGGUAGGACAUGCCAUCCACAAUGACUUCCAAGCCCUCAAGUACUUCCACCCGAAAGACAGGACUCGAGACACCAGCCGGAUCCCUGUGCUGAACGAGAGGGCAGGGCUGCCCAGCAGGGCCAGUGUCUCGCUCAAGAGCUUGGCCAGGCACCUGCUCCAGAAGAAGAUCCAGGUUGGCUGCAAAGGACACUCAUCAGUGGAGGACGCUCAGACGGCCAUGGAGCUGUACAGACUGGUGGAGGUGCAGUGGGAGACAGAGCUGGCCCGUAGCCUGCCCCCCCGGCCCCCCAGCCCCCCAACGGACCCCACAGCAGACAGCAACCACUACAUGGAUGACCAGUACUGGCCCACAGACCUGAUGGCAAGCAACCUGUGAUGGGGAACAGCAUCUCCACCACAUGUUUAGGGCCAUCCUGGUGCCUUCAGCUAUUAAAAGUGGAGGUGGCUGUUGUCCUCCUUUCCUAGGGCUUGUGCUCCAUGGGCACUGUCCUGCAACCAGCCCUGCAGCAGACGAGUCUGUGGACUUGAGGACAGAGAAAUGGUGACACCUGAACAGUGGCAAUGUCCUGAAAGCCCUGUCUGCAGCCUGUUGCUGUCACAGAAAUAAGCGCUGUGGCUGUGCCCUGUUCAUGUGUCACUUGGUGUUUGGGGCUGAGCAGGGUCCUGGUGUCAUCCUGUAGGAGCCCCUGUGGGCAUGCAGUGACCAUGUUGGGGGGCUGGAGCUGCCAGGCAUCUCCCAUGCCCUCUGGGGAGGGGAUACCCCCAUUGUGGACAAGUAGGCAGCUUUCCUGUGGAGGACUGAGGUCUCUUGCUGAUGCCCAAAGGCUGCAAACCAUCCAGGGCCAGUUAAACAACCAGUUUCCUCCUCACUUUCUUUGCACAGUGAAGCCUGAAAAGAAAGUCUGGGUCUAAUCAAUGUCCAGCCUGGAUAAGAAUAUAGGAUGCACUUUGAAAUAGACUAUUCACAUAAUUGCCUAAUUCUGAAUUAAAAAUUGGUCUUGCUAAA